AUGUCUGAGAAAAAAAUUGAUAUUAUCAUGGACGACCCUGCCUGCAAGACAGAAAGGACGUCGCCGUUCUUUAGACAGCUAUUCGCAAUCACUGGUAUAGUGAUGUACAUGACAGGCACUGGCGCUAACAUCGCGUAUCCCGGCGUCCUCCUGGAGCAGCUCAGGCAACCUAACUCGGCCGUGCGACUUACCGUGGAACAUGAGUCUUGGUUUGCUUCCAUCUUAGGCCUGGCUCUGAUAGCAGGUAUCUGUGUGGCGCCCUUCUCCCUACAAAAGCUUGGACGUCGUAUGAGUAACCAGCUCAGUUCUCUCCCAGCGCUGGGCGGGUGGGCCCUUCUCAUCACAGCCAAGGACCCUUAUACUUUACUUAUUGGUAGAUCUUUACAGGGCUUCGCUAUGGGCAUCCAGGCGGCCUCGGGACCUGUUUCAAUCGCUGAGUAUUCGGCACCCAAAUAUCGCGGAGCUUUCCUCGCAACCAUUGCAUUUUCAUUCGCAUUGGGCAUGCUGGUUGCCCAUAUAUUCGGAACCCUGCUUUAUUGGAGAGCAGCUGGCAUAGCCUGUGGAUGUUUCUACAUAAUAUCCUUAGUCUUUGUAUCCUUAUCACCAGACACACCACCCUACCUAGCAUCUAUGGGGAAAUUUGAUGCGUGUAAGAAGUCAUUCCGGUGGCUCAGAGGCUAUGAUGAGGGAUCUGAAAAAGAAUUACAGAUACUCCUCAACAGCCAGAAGAAAAAACCAUCUAUACCAAGAGUUUCUAAGUUCAAAAUGUAUACUGAGAUCAUAAAGAAACCUGAGUUUUACAAGCCUACCGUGAUAAUGAUGUUCAUGUUUAUACUUUUCCAAAUUUCUGGUAUGACUGUGGUCCCAUCGUAUACUGUGCCUAUGAUGGAAGAAGUAACAGGAAAUAGCAUCGAGUCGUAUACUAGCAUGUUGAUGGUUGACUUCGUUAGAUUUGGUACAGCAAUUCUGGCAUGUAUCAUUGUAAAUAAGCUAGAGAGACGAACUGUAUUGUUUACGGGCAUCUACAUUAGUGUAGUGUCUUUAUUUUUGACGUCUUUCCUAUUGUAUUUAAGAGAUUACGGUUACAUACCAGAUGAGUAUAGGUGGACUCCAGUCAUACCAACAUUAGUCUACAUUUUUGGCAAAACUUUGGGCAUUUUACCCAUACCCUGGGCAAUUGCUGGUGAAAUUUUCCCAUUGGCAUAUAGGUCGUUGGGAAGUGGAAUAUCUGGAAUGUUCCUCUCUAUUAUGUUCUUUGUGGUUGUGAAGACUGCUCCGACGUCGUUUAGACAAAUUGGUGUUAAAGGAACUUUUGGUGUUUACGGUAUAUGUAUAGCGAUAUGCGGGAUCUUUUUGUUCUUUUUACUGCCAGAAACUAAGGGCAAGACAUUAUACGAAAUCGAAUGCCAAUUUAAGGGUAUCAAGAAUGAAGAUGUACAAACUAAAGGAGAGAAGGACAAAAUGUUAGAAUUAGAGAAGGUGGAGGAAGGA